AGAUUUGUGUAUUAAAUUACUGUGUUGUACACUUUAAACUUACACAAUGUUAUAUGUCAAUUAUAGCUCAAUAAAUCCAGCAAAAAAUAAUGCAUAUCUUGCAGUGUGGUUAUGGAGAUUAUAUGAGAUUAUGCUUAUAAAACCCCCUGGUGUGGUAUCUGGCAAAAGACUGGCUCACUUCCCACUUCCACUCCUGUUAGGGAUUCAAUUGACUGAGUCACCAAAUGGUCUCCCAUGCAUUUCAGUCAGUGUUCAGUAGCAUGGCAUCCACUUUUUGAUCCAUUUAAUUCUUAUUCUUUUCUUUGCCUUGUGUGUUUCAGGUUCACAACCAGUAUCCAACAGAGUUUGAAUUCAAUCUCUAUUACUUAAAGUUCUUGGCUUUCCACUAUGUGUCUAAUCGCUUUAAAACAUUUCUCCUGGAUUCAGACUAUGAAAGAUUAGAGCACGGAACUUUAUUUGAUGAUAAAGGAGACAAGCAUGCCAAAAAAGGAAUUUGUAUUUGGGAGUGUAUUGAUAGAAUGCACAAGAGGAGUCCCAUUUUCUUUAAUUAUUUAUAUUCACCAGUGGAAAUAGAGGCCCUGAAGCCCAAUGUAAACGUUUCCAGCCUCAAGAAGUGGGAUUACUAUAUAGAGGAGACGCUUUCCACAGGGCCCUCGUACGACUGGAUGAUGUUGACCCCCAAGCAGCUGCCCUCCGAGGACUCUGAGCUGGCCGGAGGAGCCAGGCCCCAGAGCCAGAGGAGAACCGUGUGGCCGUGCUACGAUGAUGUCAGCUGCGCUCAGCCCGAUGCUCUCACCAGCCUUUUCAGUGAAAUUGAAAGACUGGAGCAUAAAUUGAACCAAACCCCUGAGAAGUGGCAGCAGCUGUGGGAACGGGUAAACGUGGACCUUAAAGAAGAGCCCAGAGCAGACCAUCCCCAGAGAUACCCUUCGGGCUCCCCAGGAACUGUGUCCACCAACCUCCCUUCUUAUCAGAAGAGGCCUCAGCUGCACCUUCCAGACAGCAACCUGGCAGAGGAGCAGAGCACCGGUGUGCCCCCAUCCAACGGGGUGGACCGCAGAGCAGCCACACUGUACAGCCAGUACACGUCCAAGAACGACGAGAACAGGUCCUUUGAGGGAACGCUGUACAAAAGAGGGGCUUUGCUGAAAGGUUGGAAGCCCCGUUGGUUUGUUUUGGAUGUAACAAAGCAUCAGCUGCGAUACUAUGACUCGGGUGAGGACACAAGCUGUAAAGGCCACAUCGACCUGGCUGAAGUAGAAAUGGUCAUCCCUGCUGGCCCCAGCAUGGGCGCCCCGAAGCACACGAGUGACAAGGCUUUCUUUGAUCUCAAGACCAGCAAACGUGUGUAUAACUUCUGUGCCCAGGAUGGGCAGAGUGCCCAGCAGUGGAUGGACAGGAUCCAGAGCUGUAUCUCUGAUGCCUGAUGUCCAUGGUCAACCCACACAGAAGAGGGAGGAAGGGCUUGUGCUGCCAGAUAGGAAAAAAGUGCAUGAAUCCUUGAAGAGCUGACAGCUUCCUGCUCGGUUCUGAUGAGUCAUCCUAGGGCCUGAGGUCCUCCUGCCCAGACUUGGCCAUUCCCCUCUCUCAGCAGUUGCUGCGUCUUCUUAGCCGGAGGAGAUGUGUCACACACGUCUGGUCAGGAGCCCCAGGCCCUCCCUGUGUCCUGCACUAGGUUGUUCUAACCCAGUGGUUAGAACAGUCCCUCGUGGUUAGGGAUCAGAAGAAUGCUUCCUGAGCCAUCUGUCACCCAUCCCCUAGGCCAAGCGGCUACCACCCACCUGGGUCCUUCUUCAUGAAAGCUGGAUCCUUUCUGUUCUCCAAGGUCAUAACUUCUUGGAGAACUUCCUGACAAGCAAAGCUCAAAAUCCUCCAAGACUAUCUUCCAUUCUGCAUAGGUUUCCCAUUGGAGGUUCCUGCUCUUACUGCCCAACCUUAGAGAUACUUGGUUCUCUGGUGCUGCCAAAGGUGCUUCCAGGAUCCCUGCUCGGCACUGGGGUUCACAGCAAGACCACCAGUGCUCAGGCAGGCCAAGGGGCACACAGAAUAGCCUGAUGGGAAAGAUUGGCCAGGGAAUGGUGCAGUAAUCACCAGGCCAAUGCAGGAAAACACUGCUUCCAAAAUACUGAAUUUUCUAGGCCAAAGGUGCCCUGAGGAUCCAGGACUUUGUGGUCCCAUGUAUUCUUCUGCUCCCUGACAGCUUCUUACACAAGAUAACAUGCAAAAAGCUGAAUGCACUAAUUCACAAAACAGCCACUUGCACUGAACUCUAAUAAAGUGAAGAUGUUGGAGAGACAGAAGCAAGCUGUUUAUGAGCAUACCACCCCUGUGACAAGGGCUGUGUAGGCCGCAGUCACACCGUGGCAUGACUGGAAACCCAGACAGCACCUCUGCACGUGAACUUAAGGACUUGUUUAGUCGUUAGAUUUUCUUUACUUUUGAUAACCUGUGUUUGUCCAGCUUAAGAUACAGGAAUGCUGUUUGUUCACAGUGAACAGAGACAGCUUUUCUGCAACAGCCACUGUGGUCAACUGGACUCGUAGGUAGCUAGAUCAUCACAUUUGUUUUGAAAUGUUAAUAUGUUAAAUACCAAACUAAUGUUUCAAAAAUAUGUAUAUAUGAUUUCUAUACGCUUGUUUUUCAGGUAGUAUGCUUAUAAUUUAAUAUAAAAUUAACUGAUUCAUUCAUAAGAUUUCAGUAAUUUUAAAAUGGUUCCCUUUUUAAAAAACCACUUUGUAGGUGAAAAAUAAAUCAGAUUUUCAAAUUUAAAAUUAUCUACACACUAGGAAACAGAACUGUGUUAAUAUAUAAGAAAUUCGGGGAUAAUAAGAAUGAAGGAUUUUUCUAUCAUUUUCAUUUUAUAAAUUGCCACCUGUGAAAAUGGUUUUUGCACAUUAUUUGUAUUUUUCUUUGUAUAUGAAAUAAUUUUUUGUACUCUGUAAAAUAUGGAGCCCACUGUACCUUCAGCUAUUUGAGACUUUACACAGUGCUUCUUUUGUAACUGGAUUCUUUUAACUUUCAUGAAGGCACUACAGGCCUUGUAUUCACUAACCACCUUGAAUUAAAUUUAUUUCUUAAGAAAAAGCAUCCCUCACUUACUGAAAUAAAGUUCAUUGUGGGAUA